AUGUGGGAUGUGUUGGGAUGGGCAGAUUUCAGCUGCUCUGAUUUGAGCUGGGAGGUGAUCAUCACUUGGGCUGGUGAGAGCUCCCUGCUCCCAAGGUCCUCUUCAAUUGCUCUCCCUCUUGACCUCCAAGCCUUAAGAGGUCUGAUCUAACUCUAUAAAACCAGGAUUCAGGCUCUGACCCAUCUGUGGGUAGGGUCAGACUCUAGAAGCCUAGUGGUCCCCCAUAAGGGAACCCCAGACACUCUGGCAAGCCUCAGCCUUCUCAGGCAAAAAUGCCUUGAACCACAGGUAGCUAAGAAGGGACCUGUCAGGGUAGCCUCACCCCACUGUCAGAAUGUCAGUGCCUCAAGCAGCAGGGAUCCCCAGCAAGGGAGUUAUCACACCCAAGGCAUGAGGGCUCUGUCACCCCCGCUCUGGUAGAAAGUGGCACGAGAUCUCUGAUGAUGCCUUACCUGCCAGCCUACCCAAUGCAGGGGAUCAACAGCUUAAUUAAUGUCUGAACAGCUUCCAAGGCUCUCAAAUAGGAGGCCCUGGAUAGCCCAGGGCAGCAAGGCUGCUGCAGUUAUGGUGAGGGCCCUCCCCUGGGCUCAGGCCUGGCUCUAAUCCAAUUAGUUUUCUUCCAGAUUAGAGAAGCCAAAUUCAAAUCUCUGUCUCUGUAUCACCAGCUAUAAAUAAUAUGUACCCUCCCACCAGAAUGGAUCUAGAAAAGCAGUUUCUUCUGUAGCCAUUGAGGAUAAUUAGGAAAUGCCUUUGAAAGCUGAAAUGCCAAGCAUUGUCCCUGGAACAAGAUGCCUCCGAGCUGGGGGUAGGGGCGGCCAAGUUUCAAGCAGAACUGUGAGCCAGAACUCAGCUUAAUUACCCCAGCAGCAUCCAUCCGGGAAGUAAGGCGGUGGCUCCACCAGGAACGUCCAACUCUAACUCCAUGUGACCUUUCUGUUCCUCGAGCCCAGUGCAACCCCCACUGGAUUCAGGGUUUCCACACCUAAUAGAAGUCCCUUCCUAAACUGUUACCACAUAGCGUCAGGGCCCCCCAGGCCCCAGGUUUAGCUGAGACCAGGUUGGUCUCCUGAUAGUGUGGGUGUGGCGAACCAACAGCUACUGCCGCAUCAUUGAAAAGUGGCAGCAGAGAGACUGCAUGUCAGUCAUCCCUUUGAAAUAAAAGGCCUUUCUGGCAGGGACAUGGUGCUAUCCUUGGCCCUAAGGUGUGUAAUUGAAAAUAUUCAAACAGGGCACUCUGGUCCUUUGGCUGAACCAGAGUGAGUGGCCCUGAGUAGGAAGCUGUGGGCAAAUUAGUAUGGCAGCAGGAACCUUCAUUCACAGGCUAAUAUUUUUCUCCCAGUGAGCAUGAGCCACAGGGGUGCAGCCACUGCCCAGCCCCCAGGGGAGGGGUUGACACUGGUACAGCAGCCAGGGCAGGACGACUGAUUGGAGUUCUGUAGGGCCUGACACCUGAGCUUUCUGACUCUGCCUGGGAGAGGCUGGGCACAGCAGGGAUGAAGGAGGCGGCCCAGGCCCAGGAGGUCAGAGGCUCCUCAGCACCACCCCAUGUCACGCAGCACACGCAGCCUGGAUGCCUCAGUUCUUCAAGGCCUUUUCCAAGAACGGCUCGGGAGCAGUAUUUCCAGUGGCUGGUGCUGACGUGCAGGCGCUGCGGGAGAGGCUCAUUGAUGCCCUGGAGUCCCAUCAUGACACGUGGCCCCCAGCCUGUCCCCCACUGGAGCCUGCCAAGCUGGAGGAGAUUGAUGGAUUCUUUGCGAGAAAUAACGAAGAGUACCUGGCCCUGAUCUUUGAAAAGGGAGGCUCCUACCUGGGUAGAGAGGUGGCUCUGGACCUGUCCCAGCACAAAGGCGUGGCGGUGCGCAGGGUGCCGAACACAGAGGCCGAUGUGGUGAGAAAGUUUGGUGUCACCGACUUCCCCUCUUGCUACCUGCUGUUCCGGAACGGCUCUGUCUCCCGAAUCCCCGUGCUCAUGGAAUCCAGGUCCUUCUAUACCGCUUACCUGCAGAGACUUUCUGGGCUCACCAGGGAGGCUGCCCAGACCACAGUUGCACCAACCACUGCUAACAAGAUAGCUCCCACUGUUUGGAAAUUUGCAGAUCGCUCCAAGAUCUACAUGGCUGACCUGGAAUCUGCACUGCACUACAUCCUGCGGAUAGAAGUGGGCAGGUUCCCGGUCCUGGAAGGGCAGCGCCUGGUGGCCCUGAAAAAGUUUGUGGCAGUGCUGGCCAAGUAUUUCCCUGGCCGGCCCUUAGUCCAGAACUUCCUGCACUCCGUGAAUGAAUGGCUCAAGAGGCAGAAGAGAAAUAAAAUUCCCUACAGUUUCUUUAAAACUGCCCUGGACGACAGGAAAGAGGGUGCCGUUCUUGCCAAGAAAGUGAACUGGAUUGGCUGCCAGGGGAGUGAGCCACAUUUCCGGGGCUUUCCCUGCUCCCUGUGGGUCCUCUUCCACUUCCUGACUGUGCAGGCAGCUCGGCAAAAUGUAGACCACUCACAGGAAGCAGCCAAGGCCCAGGAGGUCCUCCCAGCCAUCCGAGGCUACGUGCACUACUUCUUCGGCUGCCGAGACUGCGCUGGCCACUUCGAGCAGAUGGCUGCUGCCUCCAUGCACCGAGUGGGGAGUCCCAACGCCGCUGUUCUCUGGCUCUGGUCUAGCCACAACAGGGUCAAUGCUCGCCUUGCAGGUGCCCCCAGCGAGGACCCCCAGUUCCCCAAGGUGCAGUGGCCGCCCCAUGAACUUUGUUCUGCCUGCCACAAUGAACGCCUGGAUGUGCCCGUGUGGGACGUGGAAGCCACCCUCAACUUCCUCAAGGCCCACUUCUCCCCAGGCAACAUCAUCCUGGACUUCCCUGCAGCUGGGUCAGCUGCCCGGAGGGAUGCGCAGAAUGUGGCAGCUGCCCCAGAGCUGGCGAUGGGGGCCCUGGAGCUGGAAAGCCGGAAUUCAACUCUGUACCCUGGGAAGCCUGAGAUGAUGAAGUCCCCCACAAACACCACCCCAGAUGUGCCAGCUGAGAGACCUGAGGCAAGUCGCCCCCCGAAGCUGCGCCCUGGCCUCGGAGCUGCACCAGGCCAGAAGCCUCCUGAGCACAUGGCAGAGCUUCAGAGGAAUGAGCGGGAGCAGCCGCGUGGGCAGUGGCACUUGAGCAAGAGAGACACAGGGGCUGCAUUGCUGGCCGAGUCCAGGGCUGAGAAGAACCGCCUCUGGGGCCCUUCAGAGGUCAGGCGCGUGGGCCGAAGCUCCAAGCAGCUGGUUGACAUCCCUGAGGGCCAGCUGGAGGCCCGAGCUGGGCGGGGCCGAGGCCAGUGGCUACAGGUGCUGGGAGGGGGCUUCUCUUACCUGGACGUCAGCCUCUGCGUGGGGCUCUAUUCCCUGUCCUUCAUGGGCCUGCUGGCCAUGUACACCUACUUCCGGGCCAAGAUAAGGGCCCUGAAGGGCCAUGCUGGCCACCCUGCAGCCUGAACCACCUGGGGAGGAGGCAGGAGAGGGAGCUGCCAUCUCUAGGCUCCUCGAGCCCCCUGUCCCCAUUCCCUCCCCUCCCACCCCUUGCUCCUUGACUGGCCUAGAAGUGUGGGAAAUUCAGGAAAACCAGUUGCUCCAGUGAAGCUUCUUGGGGCUGCUAGGACAGAGAGCUCCUUUGACACAAAAGACAGGAGCAGGGUCCAGGUUCCCCUGCUGCGCCGGGAGGGCAGCCCCGGGCAGCGGGCAUAGGGCAGCUCAGUCCCUGGCCUCUCAGCACCACAUUCCUGUUUUUCAGCUUAUUUGAAGUCCUGCCUCAUUCUCACUGGAGCCUCAGUCUCUCCUGCUUGGUCUUGGCCCUAAAUUGGGGCAAGCCAAGCCAGAGGAGGGUCCCCCGAGCUGGGUGGGCUGGAAUGGAACUCCUUACUAGCUGCUGGGGCUCCGCCCACCCUGCUGUCUUCCGGACAAUGAAGAAGCCUUUGCACCCUGGGAGGAAGGACCACCCCGGGCCCUCUAUGCCUGGCUAGCCUCCAGCUCCUCAGACCUCCUGGGUGGGGUUUGGCUUCAGGGUGGGGUUUGGAAGCUUCUGGAAGUCGUACUGGUCUCCCAGGUGAGGCAAGCCAUGGUUGCUGGGCUGUAGGGUGAGUGGCUUGCUUGGUGGGACCUGAUGAGUUGGUGGCAUGGGAAGGCUGUGGGUCUCUAGUGCCUUGGCCCUGGCUUAGCUGCAGGAGAAGAUGGCUGCUUUCACUUCCCCCCAUUGAGCUCUGCCCCCUCUGAGCUUGAUCUUUUGUCCUUUUUUAUUUUGGUCUCCAAGAUGAAUGCUCAUCUUUGGAGGGUGCCGGAUAGAAGCUAGGGAGGGGAGUGUCUUCUCUCUCCAGGUUUCACCUUCCAGUGUGCAGAAGUUAGAAGGGUCUGACGGGGGCAGUGCCUUACCCAUGCUUGAUUCCCACGCUACCCCCUGCUUGGGAGGUGUGUGGAAUAAAUUAUUUUUGUUAAGGCAA